AAUGCAGUCAGGUUUGUGAGCCACUGACAUAGGGAUAAAGGAGUGUUACUGCUCCAAUACCUUGCUCUUUUUUUGCAGAAUCAAACUGGAAUUCCUGGAGUCAGAAUCUCUCUCUCCCAAACCUGACUGCCAGAGCCACAUUGAAGUCAGUUGUGAGUCUUGCUCAGUGAAUGGAAUUACAUGUAGAAAAUUCACAAACAGAGAGACCAAAUUGUAAAUUUCACAAAGGAUUGCUUAAUCACUGAUGGAGUCAGGUCAGGACAGUUGGACGUCUCCUUGUACAACAUGCCUCGGUUAAGCCUCUCACCCAUGUUUUCAAUGGGAUUUCAUCUGUUAGCGCUGAUGGCUUUCUUAUUUUCCCACGUGGACCAUAUAACUGCUGAGACUGAAAUGGAAGGAGGAGGAAACAGUACCGCUGAAUGUACCGGCUCAUAUUAUUGCAAGAAAGGGGUGAUUUUGCCUAUUUGGGAGCCCCAAGACCCUUCCUUCGGAGACAAGAUUGCUAGAGCUACUGUGUAUUUCGUGGCCAUGGUCUACAUGUUUCUGGGAGUCUCUAUCAUUGCCGACCGGUUCAUGUCCUCUAUUGAAGUCAUCACAUCCCAAGAAAAAGAAAUAACCAUAAAGAAACCCAAUGGGGAGACCACCAAGACAACUGUGAGGAUCUGGAAUGAGACUGUAUCCAACUUGACCUUGAUGGCCCUGGGAUCUUCUGCUCCUGAGAUUCUGCUUUCAGUUAUUGAAGUGUGUGGCCAUAACUUCACUGCUGGAGACCUGGGGCCCAGCACCAUUGUGGGAAGUGCUGCCUUCAACAUGUUCAUCAUCAUUGCACUUUGUGUUUACGUGGUCCCUGAUGGAGAGACGAGGAAGAUUAAGCAUCUGCGCGUGUUCUUCGUGACGGCAGCCUGGAGCAUCUUCGCCUAUACCUGGCUGUACAUUAUUCUGUCUGUCAUCUCUCCUGGUGUUGUGGAGGUCUGGGAAGGUUUGCUUACUUUCUUCUUCUUUCCCAUCUGUGUGGUGUUCGCCUGGGUAGCAGAUAGGAGGCUGCUGUUUUACAAGUAUGUCUACAAGCGGUAUCGGGCUGGCAAGCAGAGGGGAAUGAUCAUUGAACACGAGGGGGACCGGCCAUCUUCCAAAACGGAAAUCGAAAUGGAUGGGAAAGUAGUCAACUCUCACGUUGACAAUUUCUUAGAUGGCGCUUUGGUUCUGGAGGUCGAUGAGAGGGACCAAGAUGAUGAAGAGGCUAGGCGAGAAAUGGCGAGGAUUCUGAAGGAACUGAAGCAGAAACAUCCAGAGAAAGAAAUAGAGCAGUUAAUAGAAUUAGCCAACUACCAAGUCCUAAGUCAGCAGCAAAAAAGUCGAGCAUUUUACCGCAUCCAAGCUACUCGCCUGAUGACCGGAGCUGGCAACAUUUUAAAGAGGCAUGCAGCUGACCAAGCAAGGAAGGCUGUCAGCAUGCACGAGGUCAACACGGAAGUGGCCGAAAAUGACCCGGUGAGCAAGGUCUUCUUCGAGCAAGGGACAUAUCAGUGUCUGGAGAACUGUGGUACUGUGGCCCUGACCAUUAUCCGCAGAGGUGGGGAUUUGACCAACACUGUGUUCGUUGACUUCAGAACAGAGGACGGCACGGCCAACGCUGGGUCUGAUUAUGAAUUCACUGAAGGAACUGUGGUCUUUAAACCUGGCGAGACCCAGAAGGAAAUCAGAGUUGGCAUCAUCGAUGACGACAUCUUUGAGGAGGAUGAAAAUUUCCUUGUGCACCUCAGCAAUGUCAAAGUAUCCUCUGAAGCUUCAGAAGAUGGCAUCCUGGAAGCCAAUCACGUCUCUACUCUUGCUUGCCUCGGAUCACCCUCCACGGCCACUGUAACCAUUUUUGAUGAUGACCACGCAGGCAUCUUUACUUUUGAGGAACCUGUGACUCACGUGAGUGAGAGCAUUGGCAUCAUGGAGGUGAAGGUAUUGAGAACAUCUGGAGCUCGAGGAAAUGUUAUCGUUCCCUAUAAAACCAUUGAAGGGACUGCCAGAGGUGGAGGGGAGGACUUUGAGGACACUUGUGGAGAGCUGGAAUUCCAGAACGAUGAAAUUGUCAAAACAAUAUCAGUCAAGGUAAUUGAUGAUGAGGAGUAUGAGAAAAACAAGACCUUCUUCCUUGAGAUUGGAGAGCCCCGCCUGGUGGAGAUGAGUGAGAAGAAAGCCCUGUUAUUGAAUGAGCUUGGUGGCUUCACAAUAACAGGAAAAUACCUGUAUGGCCAACCUGUCUUCAGGAAAGUUCAUGCUAGAGAACAUCCGAUUCCCUCUACUGUAAUCACCUUCGCAGAGGAAUGUGAUGACAAACAGCCGCUGACCAGCAAAGAGGAAGAGGAAAGGCGCAUUGCCGAGCUGGGAAGGCCCAUCUUAGGAGAGCACACCAAGCUGGAAGUGAUCAUUGAAGAGUCCUAUGAGUUCAAGAGUACUGUGGACAAACUCAUUAAGAAGACAAACCUGGCCCUGGUGGUGGGGACAAACAGCUGGAGAGAACAGUUCAUCGAAGCCAUCACUGUCAGUGCUGGGGAAGAUGAUGACGAUGAUGAAUGUGGGGAGGAGAAGCUGCCCUCCUGUUUUGAUUACGUGAUGCACUUUCUGACUGUGUUCUGGAAGGUCCUGUUUGCCUUCGUCCCUCCUACGGAAUACUGGAAUGGCUGGGCAUGCUUCAUUGUCUCCAUUCUCAUGAUUGGCCUACUGACAGCUUUCAUUGGAGAUCUGGCUUCCCACUUUGGUUGCACCAUUGGCCUGAAAGAUUCCGUGACCGCCGUCGUGUUUGUUGCACUUGGGACUUCAGUGCCAGACACCUUUGCCAGCAAAGUGGCAGCCACUCAGGACCAGUAUGCUGAUGCAUCCAUAGGUAACGUCACAGGCAGCAACGCAGUGAACGUCUUCCUGGGAAUCGGCGUGGCCUGGUCCAUCGCUGCCAUCUACCACGCAGCCAAUGGGGAACAGUUCAAAGUGUCUCCUGGCACACUAGCUUUCUCUGUCACUCUCUUCACCAUUUUUGCUUUCAUCAAUGUGGGGGUGCUGCUUUAUCGGCGGAGACCAGAAAUCGGAGGUGAGCUCGGUGGGCCCCGGACUGCCAAGCUCCUUACAUCCUGCCUCUUUGUGCUCCUGUGGCUCUUGUACAUUUUCUUCUCCUCCCUGGAGGCCUACUGCCACAUAAAAGGCUUCUAAAGGAACAUCAAAUAUAGUAAAUUUAUAUAUAUAUAUAUAUACAUAUAUAUAUAUACAUAAAAAUUAUGUAUAAUGAACAGAGGAAAUUGACAUUUGUCAUGUUCACUUACCUGCUGAUGGAAUCCAGCUUCAAGAGCAUACUUUGUACUAGGGCCAAAGUCAGAAACCAUCACCUCCCAUUCCCAGAGGCAUCAUCAUGCUGAACAAGGCGCAGAGGCAGGGCCAUAUUUGCAGCUCGGCCUACAAGAGCUGUACUCUCUCCAGGUUCAUAAAUUGUUAAGGCUUUGAUUUGUUUUCUUGUUUUUCUGUUUUGUUUUCAGUGGGGUUGAGGAGGUGGCUGAUGUUUGGCUUUGCUUUUUGUUUUGUUUUGUUGGGAGGGUCAGGGUUUUCGCUUCUCUUUGUGAGAGGUGAUAACCCAUCCAAAUGUAAAUGGGUUUGGGGUAAAAAUUGAAAUCAUUAAGAUACCCCCUCCCUCGCCUCCUCCAAACACUUUAAAAAUGACUUUGGAUUAAGAAAGGAUCUGGGCGUGGAAGAAGAAAGAAGCACAGCACAUCUUCACUCUAUUACCAAAUUUCAUGCUUCUCUCCACAAUGUGAGCAGACUGACGCUGCCUCCAAGAAGAAGCAUGGGAGCUGGGACGGAGCCAGGAAAAGCGAUGGUUCUUGAUAUAGUCUGUUAUUGAAGGAUGCGGUGCCUGGCACUCUUGUUCAACAGGUACAAGGAUAAUGUGCCUAGAUUCCCAGGAACAUGCAAAACCCUUUAUUUCUUAUCUCUUGAACUCUGGACUAUGAUUCACAAGGCCCUAUUCAUUCCAACCCAGGUAACUCCCCAGGUGUCCCAUCCCAGCCCUCCUCCUGCUUACCCACUCUCCAUGCAAAAAGGAAGAAUAAUCCCAUUCAAAAAGCACAUCAUCCUUUUCCAUUUGCAUCAGUAUAUGUGUCCCAGUCCCAUGUUGCUGCUGCUGCCUGGGAUUGUCCGUCAGUUUUAUUUUCAAAAGUAUCCGUGGCUCGCACAAUCCUGUCCCAGUCGCUACUGAACAUUUGCUCCUUCUUCAUGUGCCUGUUUGGGAAUGUUGUUGUGAUACCUGUUACACAGUGCAUGGAUGAAAAACAAAACAAAACAAAGCGUAUCUGUAUAUAGUAGAGUAUAGCAUAUACUGUUCUCCCAUUCAGCAACGUUGAUUGGGCGUUGAAGACAUAAGUGAGCUUUCUUUUCACCUGAAUUGUUGCUUUCAUGUUGUUAUUGAGUUUGAUUAUUACUAGGGAUAAAAGGAGAAAAAUGGCUCAUUUUUUCAUGCACAUUCAUUCUAAGAAGCAAUAACAGUCUUGUGGGAAAAGUUAAAGUUAUUGAGAGGCUAGCAGGCAACCUACAGAGAUCUUUAUGGAAAAUUAGCCACGUGGAACAUAUCAGAGGCCUCUGUGAAUCACCCAUUAAUUCAGGAAGGCCAAAGAGAAAGGUGUUGGAGAGAAGUGAAUGCGUGGGAUAUGCCUGGCUUUUAGAACCACCAUGUCCACAACACCCCUUCCCCCAAAGUAUUUAUUGCACAUCUGCUCUGUCUGGCACAGAUGUUAGAUGGCAUUGGUCUGUUCAUUUUAUUUUUUUAUGUAAAAGGCAUUAUUGAGUCCUGUUUCUUUCACCAUCCAGUCCAGACUCCUCUAAUUAUAUCAGUAGUUCCCAAGUAGGAAAGAAGCCAAGAUAACCAAUGGGCCUUUAAGUGUUUCUCCUCUACUUAUGAUGAAAAGAAGGUAAUUAAAUGAGAUUAGUGCCUCCCAGAGGAUUGCACUGGGAGGUUUUAACCCUUGAAAAGGAAUGGCUCUUUCUAUUUCAAAAUACCAAAGAGUGUAGAUCAACCCAACAUUCCAAAAAGAGAUUCCACUAAUGAGCAAAAUUGGAAUGACUGUUCACCUCUCAGAGACUUCUCAGUCUCUAAGGAAAUCCAGGCCGGAGGCAUCCCUGGCCUUCUGUAUUCAUUCAAAGACACGAAAAAAGAAACAUUGUUGAGGUCUAUUUUCUCUUCAUCUACUCAGUAAUCAUGACCAUUCACCAUUUAUUAAAUGCUUGGUGAUGGAGUGAAUAAUGAAAUGCUGGUUGUCCACUCAACAGGCCAGGUAGAAUACUGUUUCCUGGGGCCCAAGGCAUGACCAAGGCAGCCCAGCUUCCUGCCCUCAGCAGGGUACACAGAGAAUCCAAUUAUUAUUUCCAUGAGUAAAAGUUAACACAACCAUAUGGGAACAGUUUUAUCUUGCAAGGAUGAACACAAUUAUGAAAAUGUUUAAUAUAAACACAUAAUUGUAUAGAUAAAAUUAUCCAAAUAUCAAAGAUUGUCUUUAAGAGGAUGUAAAGUUUAGAUUUGAAGAAUACCCUCCUUAUGCUUGGCCAACUUGCAGAUACGUGUGUCUCCCCAUUUUAAACCAAGAAAGGCAAUCAUGUGGUGAUACACAUCACUGAGCAGACCCAGUUAACCUCAGUUUUUACCAUGUGGCAACAGUACUUUUCCAGGACCCAUCUCUGACCUGUCAUUGACAACCAACACUGGUGACUGCUUUAGGGACACAUCUAACCCACUCCUCCGCCCCCCCCCCCACCAAGAUUUAAAAAAUGGAAAGCUAGCCUAGAAACACCAAGUAAAUAAGGGAAGAGAUACAAGGUAUUUAAACUUUAGAAAGAUUUUCCACUCAUUUCUAGCCAUAUUUGGAAUGUCAGUAAUCCCAUAGUGAAUCUUCACUUUAAAAGAACCCUUAAGAAAUUCUUGCUGUUGGUGGAUUUCAAUUUUGAAACAUUUUGGUUUGUUUGCCUUUUCAGUUUUCAUGCUAUAGAGAAAAUACGAUUCUCAUUAUUCAGGGUUGUUAUUAUUAUAGUUGUGUAAAAUUAUUUCAUUUGAUUUGUUUGAUUAUUUUAUUUUGUGUGUAUUGUGCACAGCUUUAGGGGGGAAAUGCACUAAUUGUGCUGUUCCUUAUAAAUGGUACACAUAUUGACACAGACCAAUAAAGUUUCUAAUUGUUUCUGAUUUAAUCACUAGUGAUACAGCAUAGUCUGUAUGCAAUGUUUUCUCUCAUUGUCAUUGACUUCAUCUUUUUGUUUUCAUGUUUUGAAGAAAUAAAAACCAAAAAGGUA